AUGUGUAGGGAAGAAGUGAGUAAUUCAGAGUGUUUCAAUAUGGCAAGAUGUUCCGAUUUCAGACAAUGGAUCUAUCAGGAAGGUCUCUUAGAUUUAGGAUUCAUUGGAGCAGAAUUUACAUGGAUGAGAGGGAAUAACACUGACUCAUUCAGAGGUGCAAGACUAGACCGAGCUUUGUGUAAUGUAGAAUGGAGAACCAGAUUUCCAGAGGCAAAGGUGGAACAUCUUCCAUUAAUCAAUUCAGAUCAUGCACCACUGUUAAUCCGUAGUGACCCUCACCUGAAUACAGUUGGAAGGAAGGCUUUCAGAUUCAAUAUGGCGUGGGCAGUUCAUGCAGACUUUAUAAACUGUGUAAAAAAAUCAUGGGAUAGUGGAAAAGGGAUAGAAGAAAACAAACAAAACACUGCAGUAGCUCUACAAGCCUGGAACAAGAACACGGUUGGGAACAUUUUCUAG